AUGACAAAGACUGCGGUAAACAAGACGACUGAUGUUGCCAAAGUGCAACAAACUCUGUCGAUUGCAUUUGGCGAUAGUGCUGCUUGUCAGUAUUUGAUAACUAAAUUUGAAGAUCGAACAGCUACUGAGCCUUUGACGAAGGAGGAAAUUUACCAAUCCUACUCGACAUUGUCUAAGAAAUAUAUGGCACAAGGUGGUUUUCUUCUAGAGGCUGGAGACUAUGACUGUGUCGCUGUAGUGGUUCCCCCAUUGGAAAACCAUGCUAAAGCCCAGAGAACCAAGGACCCUCUCUUCAAUAAGCAAUUUAUCGAAGCUGGCGAAAACUAUAAGAAAGCACUGGGGUUGGGUACCAAAUUGAAGAUGUUUUACCUUUUUAUGAUCGGUAAGAACUUGAAUCAACCAGAAGUUAGAGGUUCCGCCAGGGCUAUCUUGGAGUAUUUGAAAGAAGAGGCUGAUAAACAGGAUGCUGCUGUGAUUCUAGAGGCGAUCAACGAGAAGGCAAAGAAGGUUUACGAGUAUUUUGGAUUCAUGGACUACGGUGAAAUCAACUACGGGAAGGGAGAGGUGAACUCUCAAGGUGAACCGGAUUCUAAUGGCGAAGGAUUCAAGGCAAACUUCAUGGUUUACUAUAAAGGAGGAAAGCUCCCCAUCAAUUAA